CAGGUCGCGACGGGUAUUCAGUUCACAGGCGAGAGCCGUACCGUGCGGUUGGCCUGCAUGCUGUCUCUCGGGUUCGAUUUAAUCCUCGUUUUCCGAGCCGGUCGAGCGCAGUGGGACACAGUCCGAUAACUGUGAUAUCGUAACGUUUCAGCGUGUGCGUCGAUCCCGGCGAAUAGUCAAAGCGAAUUUUCGACGUUCGAUCGCGCUCAUUCGAAGUACGCUCGACGCGCGACUUAUCCGAUCAGUGACUAGAAACAUCGCGCUGCCGAUUUACAAGUGUGAACUUCUGAUCGAACACCACCUACCAGUGACAACGGAACUGUCGUGUACCUUCGCCCUCCGUCGACGGGAACGUCGACUCCCGAGCGCGGCAUUCUACGCGACAUAAACAAACCGGGGACAAGUUUCCUCGGAGCGGCGCUGGGGCUCCGAUCCGUGGAGUUCACGGUUUCCCUUGAUCUGUCACGACUUACUACACGUUAUCUAUCGUAAUCUGCAGCGCAUACCACGAGAAUAGAAAGGAAAAACUGUGGACCACGUUCGAGAGAUUCUAUCCAGUGAUUCGGAGUGAGUGACAGUGACACGGUUAGUGGUGCAAGCUGAAAAAGUGAUAAGAGAGAGGAGUUUCCCUCGGUACCUCUCGUUUUUCCAUUCUGUUUCUUUACCCUCGUACUUUCUACGAGGACCCGGCGAACGUUUCCUCCACUUCCGGUCAGUCUGGUCGAGAAGCUUCGCUGAUCUCGACGGGGCAAGCAACUUCGCGACACUUCGUCUACCGAGUGAUGUUUUGAAGUACAUCGAGCGCAAAGAUGAAGGCCGUAAUCGCUGCAUGUUCCGUCCUCGUCCUCGUCCUCGUAAGUGGCGUCCUUUCGGUCGAUUGGCAGCACAGCGCCACCUUGGACAACAGCUUCUUGGUGCUGUGGACGCCCGGCGAGAACGAUAUUAUGUUCGAGAUCCAAGUGAAAACUCUGGGCUACGUGGGCCUCGGCUUCACCAAGGAUGACGACGGGCUUGUGGCGGACAUGGUCAUCGGAUGGGUGGACAAUAACGGACAACUUCAUCUCCAGGACCGGCACGUGAAGGGUGCCAACAAGGACCCGGUGAUGGACUCGAGCCAAGACUACACUCUCCUAUUGGGUUACGAGAACAAGACGCACACCGUUCUACGUUUCUCCAGGCGGUACGAUACGUGCGACCUGCGGGACCUCAAGAUCACGAACGACACGAUGCAAGUGGUUUGGCAAUAUCACGUGGAGGAGCCGGUGUCCGCGGCCGGCGUGCUGCCCGCUCACGGGGCGGUGCGCGGCUCGAGGCCGCUUUACCUGGUGCAGAGGGACUCGCAGCCGAGGCCCAGCCCGCGCAACCAAGAAGUCGAGCAGCCGCUUCAAACCUGGGACAUAUUGAACCAGCAGGUCCACUUGCCGAUGGAUAAGGACACGCUGCAUUGGUGCCGCGUUCUCAAAAUGCCGAACAUUCAUCGCAAACACCAUGUUGUGAAGUACGAGCCGGUAAUACAACCCGGAAGCCACCAUUUCCUGCAUCAUAUGACACUAUACGAGUGUCGUGGAAACCAGACAGCACUAGAAACCGCUGCGAAGACGACCGGUGGCGUUUGCUAUCAGCCGGCCUUCCAGUGCAACACAAUCGCGGCCAUUUGGAGUCUCGGCUCCGAGGGGUUCAAUUAUCCGCAGGAGGCCGGUUACCCGUUGGACCCGCACGCCGGUCCGCGUUAUUACAUGCUGGAAACGCAUUACACGAAUCCGCAGAUGGACGCGUUCAUCACCGACAGCUCCGGCCUGCGUCUGCAUUACACGGACCGGCUGCGCACUCACGAUGCCGGGAUCCUCAGCGUCGGCAUCGACCCGAACUGGCGGCACCUCAUACCGCCAGGCCAGCCAGAAGUGGUCUCCGAAGGUCAUUGCAUCUCGGACUGUACCAGGCAGACCAUUCCCAACAACGGCAUCAACAUAUUCGCCGUCGUCAUGCAUACUCAUCAACUCGGCAGGAAGGUCCGAUUGCGUCAGAUAAGGUCCGGAGAGGAACUGCCACCCAUUGCGUCUGACACCAAUUACGAUCCCAGCUAUCAGGAGUAUCGGAAGCUGCAGAAGCCCGUCAGGGUCUAUCCGGCCGAUCACCUCGUGGCCGAGUGCAUGUACUCGUCCGAGUCGAGGCAAGCGAUCACGCUGGGCGGUUUGACGACGCGCGAGGAGACAUGCCUAGUGUCCACCCUAUAUUAUCCUCGCAUCGAGCUCUCGCUCUGCUACUCGCUGCCUUCGCUGCCGACGGUUCUGCAGAGCCUUGGGAUCCAGAAGCUGAUGCAGGGUUCCAAUCCAGUGCAGAUCCAAGAACCACAGGAGCUAGAGGGUAUGACGCUGGAGGAGCGUCUAGUGAGCUACGACUGGAAAGAAAACUUCCAGACGUUCCAGGAGACGACGCGGACCGGCACGUUCAAGCCGCUCUGUUCGACUAGCAAGGGUCCGUUGCCGGGCACCGACAACCUUGAGGUGCAUUAUCCGCGCAUCUUGAGGCCCUACGAGGAGACUAGCCUGCCGUGCUUGAAGAAGCCGCUCAGGAACAAGCUGUCGAUGCUGCUGAGCGAAGACGGUGACAUCGGGGCGCCCGUCGAUCCGGACAGCGACGAGACGAACGCAGUCGAACGGGGACAAUUGGUGCGCAACAAAGUGUCCCGCAGCAGCGACGGGCCCUCCGCCGGAAGUUCCUCCGUCAGAUCGGUAUCGUUGCCGCUGAUGCUCGCCGCGGCGACGAUGAUCACCGGCGCCGCGUUCAGGUGAACAGUGGCCCGUCCGUUCGGCACCGAUCGACCGACGGAUCGAUCGAUCUUGUUCGUCUAGGACGGCCAUUUUAUCCUCUCGUUGAUCGCGCUGGAUCUCGGGGGAGUUGAUCGCAUGUAAGUACGUGCCGGCGUGCAACACUCUGACGCGUCACUUAGGCUAAAUAAUGAUACUAUUGUCGUUCUGUCGGAUGUUGAUCGAGGACAAGGUGGACGCGUCUCAUCUUCAGUCUCUUUUAUCGGGUGAUUCGAUUACAUAUAGUGCUUGCGCGAUAUUCUUAUUCUUUUGCGGCUUUUAGUAAAGGUACCGAUUCCGAUGGAACUAAGGGUGAACGAGACAUAUUUUUAACGGGUUCGCAUGUCCGCGUAGAGCGAAUGGAAUUCGUUGAACGAUGGGUUUGCCAAACAGAUUUUACCCCUCGCGUGGAACGUUCGUCGGUGAUCGGGAUCGUCCAUGCUGUCCUCGCUCGACGAUCGACCCUCCCUUCUCGCGAUCUCUGCUCGUGCGCUAUUGUUAUGAUGUAUCGCGUGCUCGUACAGGACGAUCGUUGGAUAUCUUUCGGUUACGAACACCUGGGUUUUUACGGAAGACUAGGAUCGAUUUGAUUCGUUUAUGGAUGUGGGGAUGAAGGCAUAAAUGCCUCUGGGGAUGACUGUUGUUUGAGAGGAAUGGGUUUUAAGAUUAAUGUCUAGAUUCGAUUGGGUGCUAUUCCACGCUCGCGCUGUAUCGUUAAUUGGGAAAAAUUAUGAAUCGCGGAUUAACGAUAUCUGAAUUUAGAACUGUUUGCUUUCUUUGUAUCAAGAUGGUAUAUUUGCAACGUUUUCUCGAUAGCUCGUAACAUUUUACUUGUUAUUUUACGUUAUUAUAGCUGCAUGAAUUCAUUUUCAAUAUUUUCCCAACAGAAAAAUAUAUUCUAUAUUCUCUAAAACGUCUAUCUUCGAGCGACGUCCUAACUUGGGCAUUAGUGUUAAUCCACGGUUCAUAAUUUUUCGUAAUUAGCGCUUUAGGACGUGCGCGGGACAAUAUCCACUUUUCAAACAGCGGUCAAUCCCCUCGUCUAGAAGCUAAGCUUCCACCUCGUCCCUACAGCCCUACGUAAAUGUGCUCGUCUUGAAAAGACGAGCGGAACUGAGUGCGACGGUCGAUGUAUUAUAGAUGGUGUCGCCAGUGUCUAGCAUGUGUAGCAAUACCCGAAUGAAAUUGAAGAACCGUUGACCCAUAUCGACACGCGAAUACUUUUCUAAUUCUAUCGAAAUAAUUCGAGAGCCAUUCCGAAAUUCUAUCGAGGAACAGCGUCGACUAUCGAUGUAACGACAUCGAUCAAAGGAGACAACGUUUCUAUGGAAAGCCAGGAAUCUCGGUCCACGGCGCAGCUAGACCACCGUUUUAUUUUCGUCCGUCUGCACGCGUCGAAGACGUUAAGCGCGCAUAUUGUAUCGCGCGGAAUAUGAUAUGCGAAUUUCAGCGAUGGAACUCCUUGUAUGUAUACCGCUUACAUACGCUUUAACGAGUAAGUUUUUUUUUUUUCUUAAGUUAAGCUUCGUUCUCAGAGUUGACAUCAGCGUUCUAUCUAGAGCGACGGUACAAGAAAACACAAGUUUCUAGUCUAUUUAGGCAGAUCGGCGGGGCCACCUCCGACGACCCCGUCGUUCCGAGAUAAGAACGUAGCUCGCGGAUCAUUCCGGUUGGUUGUUGGCCACUUUCUUUCUUUAGCAGUUAACGAUCUCGAACGAAAGAUAUCCACGGGAAAGAACGAACCGACGCGGGAUCCUGUCGAUCGAGUGGGAUUUAUAUUAUAUUUUGGAGACGCCGUGCUCGAAAGAAUUUAUAUUGUUGGCUGUUUAUUUCACCGGCCGGCCGGGAGGACCAAGCGAAUCAAAAGUCUCGCGACGUUCCUCGUCGCCGAUACGCGCGCUCCAUCCGCUUGUUAGAACCUUUCGUUUCAUUAUUUUUACAACGGAGCUGCUCCGUAGCGUCGCAAACACGUCUCGCUUGGCCUUCCCGCCGGAAGUCUGUAUAUUCUGUUACUAUUAGAGCUACGGAUAAAUGCGUUUUCGAAACGGAGACACCGUGCAAACGUUGGUCGAUCCUCGCGCGCGCGCGCUAGUGACAGACGGGAAAGGAACGACGAGUGCGUCGACUUCGACGAUCGAUCAACGUUUCUACGCGCGCGUACCGACACACGCGGUUCUUUGUAAUAUUCUGUACAGUUUUUUACGUGUAACGUUGUCCGAGCGGCCGCCACACGCGGCGGCGUGCCUGCGAUUAUUUAUUUUUUAUUUAAUUGUAUAGAGUUAAUUCUUGCCACGCGUUGACACUCUCUUUCACAUGCAAGACGAGCGUUCAACGGUCGCGCCGCGCGACCGGAAGCGCAGCCACGGUUUCUUGACGCGUCUCUUGACCGAGACGUCACCGGUACCCGACCGUUCUCGGGUACAUUUGCGUCGGAUCUGAUUCGAUAUAUAUUCCUCCUAUUCGAUUCGGAAGAUUCUUCGCCGCCGAGUGGUCGCCAGUCGUCCCCGCGGUAUCCGGAAAUCAAUUCAAGGUGAUCGGACAUUGAAUCUUGCAGCGGAUCGGAAUCGAGGGUCCGAGAAGAAAGAGAGUCGUGUUGUGGAAUUUUGUACAGGAUAUUCAGCGGGAGAUGAAUUUUAGUAGAAGUGAAACCGUACGACUCGCGUUUUUUCAGAUUAUUUCCGGCCUGUCUGUCUUUAUUUUAUAUAUUUUGUUAACUGAGAAGUUUUGUAUAUAAAUAAAUAUAUCAUUCUUACAGUAAUGUGUGCAAUAUUAUUUUCUUUUCUCAGUCAACCUUUCUUUCCGUUUAACGAAUUCUUUUGAUCCUGGGUGCGACCGUUGAAACGUUUUGUUACUUUUGCCGCGGCGUUGAGCUUUCGGUGAUUCUCAAGUUUCACGGUUUUCGAUGUUCAUCGGAAUCUCACGGAAUUCGAAUUCGAAAUCUUGAAUUGAAGUUCGGCUUCACGAGAAAGUCUCGCGCGGCGCAGGAUUUCCGUAAUUUCGACACGAGCCAAACAGAUCAGUUCCUGACGAGAAUUCUCGGGGUCACUAGCGAACCCCGUAGUCCCUCACCAGCGGGAACACUUGUCGCUACGACGUUCCUCGAAUAUCACAAUUCGACCGAUUUCCGCGUCGUUCCAUUGACGAACGACGCGUACUUUCCGUUCCUUCGUGUGACGCUUCAAAGGGGUGCUAUUCUUGGAAGAACGUUUCGAAUUUUUCAUUCGUGCUCGAUUCUCCCGUUAUCUCCUGUACUCCCGGUUACCAAACCCGACCAACUUUUCCCGAAGUAGCUCGACAAAUUUCGUCCGUUUUUCAUUCCUCCGUAUUUACACUCGAGACAAUAAAAAAAAAAGAAGCGAGAAAUAAAAAUGGGAAGAGACGACAAAAAAAUGGGUAUCUUCUUCGAAACGAUGCAACGAGUUGUCCGCGACGCGAUUAAAAAGAGGAGGAGAAGAAAAGAAGGAAUGUGUAGGUAGAGAGGUUCGACUCACGACUGCUUCGUUCUAAACGUCUUCUAUCGCGCUCCGAUUGAAUUCGAUUCGGUAACCGAAGCUCGACAAUGGCCACUUCUAUCGCGAUUCGUUUUCGGUCCGAUCGAUCGAACGCUUCUGGGACGCUUGUUCGGGCGUUCGAGAGAAAAAGAGAGAAGGGAAAUACACCGUGAAGAGAAGUUCUUCGACUUCUUUCGAUCCGCGGAAGGAGAAAAAAGCGAGAAAAAUGAAAAUGACAUGCACGGUGGCGUGCAACGAGAAUAACAGAGAGAGAGAGAGAGAGAGAGAGAGAAAGAUAGGACUCAUGGCGACGGAACACCGUCGAUCGAUAGACGGCGGGCGCGUUGUAGUCGACGGUCCCCUAAAACGCGUGCAUAUUUUUCCUGAAUUCCGUAAAGCGUCGAGGAAAAACGCGGCCCUCGCCGCGUGACAAAAGGACAGCACGAAAAACUCGGGGAGCCCAGCUAAGAGCGCGUGUUCUAUCGGAAAUAUUUUCACGGGGAAUUAUAAAACGACUUGAUUCGCGUAUACAUGAUUUUUUCCUUCUAAACGGUCGUCGAUCGAACAACAGCUUAUAGUCGCCGACGUUUGAACACUGCGAAAGGCGUGCUUUGAGAAGACGACCGAUUGUCGAUGAUAAAAGCUCUCUCCCUAGCGUAGUAGGAACCUCCUGUAGUCGACUAAUCGGUAAUGGAAUAAACGCGUAGCUACGUUUUACAAUUUAAUACUACGAUUAUUCGAUAAAUGUCAUAGGGGAUCUGUAUGUGUAGAAGACCGUAGGGCAGUCGAGCGAUCACCAAACAUCACGCGGAAACACAUAAUUAGGCGCCAAAGAAAGAAAGAAAGAAAGAAGGAAAAGAAGGAAGAAAGAUAGAAAGGGAUUUAAAGGAAGAAAAGUAACUAUAUAUUAAAAUAUAUGUAUAUGUAUAUGUACCGUUCCUUUCGAACCUCAUCGUUGUCCAUCGUUAAUCGUCGAAUCGAGUUUGCCGGGAUGAACUGUCAAUCGUCGCUUCGCUAAUGUCAGCGUGAAACCCAAUUCGAAACCAACCACUGCCAAUCAGCCAUUAUAUACCCCUUCUUUUCCGUUCGCCGUUCUUCGUUUAUUACAUCGAAUUCGUAAUAUCAUCGAGUCUACAUACACGAACACAUGCGUAUUCAGUACACGAGAUCUGGGAACGGAUAUUGCCCGACGGAAUCAUCGUCGUUAUUGGCGGACGACGAAGCGUUGGCCGGCUGUGGACGUUCUGUUGAUUUUAUUUUCUACUUUUCAACAAACUUUCCGAGGGAUUAAUCUUCAGAAGCUGAAUGUUCCUGCAGAUUACAUUGAUUUCAAUGUUUUCAAAUUCAGCUUUAUAAAAGAUUCAAUAAAAUUACCCGAGGUCUUCGUUUUAUUACCGCGCUAAUGGGGGUCUAGAGUGUAUCGAUAAAUAGCCCGGUAAAAAGUAAAUAGUCAUUUUUCAAAAAUUAAAUUUAUUAAUUCGAGUGUUUAAUUAUUUCCAUGAUUAAAUACGUUCGUACUUUGCAAAAAUAUGCCAUUUACUAGUCUGAAUUAACAUUUUUUUUCAGUUACACGGUUAAAUCAGUUCGUAAUUCGUUUAAUAAAUUAUAUUCAGGUCCGACGCAGAAAACGAAUUAAAAAUUCAUAUUUUUCAUGAAACUUUAAUAGAGAUUGUGUACCGUGAAUGUUCGGGGUUUUAUAUUCCCGUUCUCAUUGAAGUUUCGAAGUGGUUAAAAGAGACUGGCAGUAAAAAAUGGGUUAAGAGACAGUAUACAAUAAUUUCUUGUUCCAUGCUCGUCAAAUAUCGCUAUUCCAUUUUUUCCUUUUCUGUUUGCUUACUCAUGUGAAACGUGAUACGUGAACUGCGGAAAUUUAUGCAAAUAUAUAUUUCCGUAAGUAAAUUUGAAGACUCGAGAAUGAAAUAAAACUUUGUCUUCCGUAGGAACGCCGUUAAUAUCGGAAGAACGAAAUAAUGUCGCAUUAAAUAUUAUGUAAAGCCACAUUUUACAAAACUAGAUUUUACAGAAACUGUACAUAGGCAAGCUCAUUAUGUUUUUUCAAACAAUUUCUAUCCAAAGGGAACGUUCGCAUUCGGCCAAGUAUCGACCGGAGAUUAAUACGAAAGGGGAUUGUGAGGAGAAAGAGCGUUACAGUUUGAGAAACGAACGAGAACCAUUGCCGCUUUCUUUCCCUCGAAUUUCUGCGCUGCGUGUACGUAACCGUACGAUCCGCCAAGGGGAUAAGCGAUGAUUUAUCAUCGGCGAAGGAGCUCGUUAUAAUCGGCCGUGCGAGAAUGGCGACGGUCGAAAUCGUUCCGUGACUUCUUCCGCGUUGCGCGACGUCGACGUCGAUUUCUCAGUCGCGACGUCGCCGCCGUACCGAGGGCUGUAAGGGAGGAGUUUCAGGAGUGUUUAGGAUGGUGAUAGGAACUGCCGGUGAUAUUGACCAGAACAAUCAAGCAAAGUGUCACAAGUAAAUGUCAUUUAUACUGGAAUAAUUAUGUUAGAUACAUAGGGAACGAUAUUACGCAUUUAUACUAAAAAUGAUCUUGCAUCGUGUGUACGUUAGCUGGUUCGUCUCUUAAAGGCCCGUUAAUCCUGGCGCCCAUCUUGCUUUCGACUGUGUCCGAGCGGAGGACGUUGAUCGAAUCUGCAUCCGAACGAUGUUAUCAGAUUGUAACGGAGCGACGUUCGAUCACGAAUUUCACACCCGGUCGUUUCUGGAUCGGAUCUAAUUGCACAUUGUACAAUAUACACAUGGUGAUGCGUUCGUUCAGGAGAUUGAACGAGCAACGAGCAGUACCUGAGACGAAGGGGAGAGGAGAUGAUAGGCGAAGGAACGAGAGCUUGCCGAACGAUCAACGAUGCUCGAUCGGAUUCGGCGACACGCGUGCGUGAUUAUUACCGGGAUUCGGCGAAUGUCGAACGAUUCGAUCGAAACGACCGCGAGGUAAUGGGCGGAAGGUGAACGAGCGCGUUUCACGAAAACAUGGUGGGGCCAGGAAAUCGGACACGUGUAUGUACUGUAUGUAGAAGAGAGAUUAGAGAACGCCGGGAACGAUAACCGCGGCCCGUUCCCCGAUACACGGGCCACCGGGCGGCGACGCAAGCGAAAAGAAAAAGCGAGUGGUUUAAGGAAACGAGCGAAUAGCGUGUGCGUGUACAUAGGUAUCCUGUAUAUAGUUUUUAGAUUUAAAAUUACGUCCCGGACUCUUUAUAAGCACCUACACUCGAAUUCAGGUAGCUAGGUAAACAGUAUCUCUUAUCUUUAUAAUUUCCAUGUAACCGUGUUGAACGAAAAUGGAAAAACGAAAGAAAAAGAAAGGCAAAACUUACAGUUAGCGACGUGUACACGCGCGCGCGCGCGCGAGUGUGUUUCAGAGGGGGGAUCGAGGAGAGCGCGCGCGCGUACACAAUUCGUACGCAUACCGGGCGCCCUGUCCUUCCAUACUGCUCUUAGAUUUAUACUUAAUUUACA